AUGCCAACCAGCGGUCCGCUCAUCUGGUCGGAAACCCGUCAAGAACUCUGUGAAUCCCUGCCUUACUACCGAGCCUAUCAAACUGGCUGCUACGUAAGCUCAUCCUGCCUCGCGCGUCCACCCUCUUCGGUUCUGCUCAGGUCCUCUCUUUCACAGGCUACACUUAAAGACUCGAUUGCCUAUGGCUACCUCCUCGCUGGCUGGCCCUCUCGUCGUGAUGCAUUCGCACACAACGGCCGUGUUAUCAUUUCUCAUGGUGGGGGGAAAAGCCAAGUCAUCACUCCCCGUACUACUACCACCCCAUCCACUGCGGCAUCAAGCGAACCAAAAAAAGCAUCGCUCAAACAAGACCAAUCGGCAGACGACAGUAGCACCAUUCGCGCGCUGCUGCACUCAGCCAGACACAGCCUGCCAAUUGUGUUGAUUGCGGCGGAGAACUAUGCCUUGUUACCGUUCAAGUUGAAUUGUGGUUAUGCUGUGUUGGGAUGGUAUCUUAUAACCGAUGCUUGGGCCGAGAGGGAGGUGGGAGGUGGCAAGGAGAGGGAAGAGGUCGGGAAGGCGGAGGGGUUUGUAAGGUGCAAGUUUAGAUUCGAAUGGAUUGAGGCUCAGGGCGAGCCUUGGUGGCAGCUAUCUCGCAAAGACAAGGAGAAAGAAUGGAAUCCAAGAAGCAGGAUUGAGACUUUCAGCAAGAGUCAGAGGCAAGUAACGAAGCGAAUGAAGCAAGUAACGAAGCGAAUGGAAAGCAAGCCCUCCGAGAAAGCUUCGGUCUCCUCAUCGCGACCUUCAUCGGCACCCUCCUCUCACUCAUCUUCAACCCCAACAUCAGGCACAACUACUCCAACCGCAAUGACCCCGGAAGAACGCAAGAAUCUCCUCUUCGGUCCCUUGCCCUCCACGACGCUCCCCUCUCUCAUCUCAAAAACAAGCAGAAGCCUUAACUCGGCAUCACCAUGCACCCUCACCAACUCGGCCAGCUGUCUCUCUUGCCGACACCCCUCCCCGAUCGUCUUCUCGCUUGGCUGGAUAUGUCUCGGACCUUCCUGUCCUCAAUUCUUCCUUCUACCCAACACCCACCACCCACCACUUGAAUCAAGCCUGAACUUCUCCUCUUCAUUUCUCCACCCGCUCGGUGCAAUCCUCAACUUCUCUUUCCCCUCCUGCCAACCGCCCUUUCCGCUCAUCCCGAUGCGUCCCAGCUCUCGUUCCAUGGACCAAUCUCGCGGUCUAUGGUGCAAACACUGCGGCCGCCUCAGCUGUCGCGAGCUAAUAUUCCAACCUCGUUGCUCACACUGCAAUUCCGCCGUGGGCAAGUGGAAACCUCUUCCCACCAUACCUCCGCCUCAGCUGAAUAGCGGGGUGUUUGAUUUUGACGGGAAAGAGGGUGGGGCGUUUGAUCCCGUAAUCAGUGCAAGUUCGGGGAUAAAGAUGGAGAUGAAAACAGUAGGGGAAGGGGGAGAAAGGAUGGUGGUGUAUAGUUUUACAUUCGAUGCCAUGUUUGGCGAUUGUGCUGUUCACCUUGUUCAGGCGGAUACGCAUGGCGGUGGGGAGGAGAGGGAGGCUGAUGAGAUUUUUCGAGCUUUUCAGAGACAUGCUUGGCCAACAGACUCGAAUAAGAAGAGCGUGGGCAAGAGAAAGAGGAAGGAGAGCGACAAUCUUGCCUUCAUUCCUUCACCAGAAGAUACGCAGCGAUCAUCGUCAAACAGCAGCAGCACCUCUGGUACAAGUCCAGAUUCUGGUCAACGCCAUUCAAACAAGAAAGAAGAGUGUCUACACGUCAUCCCCUUCCGUCGACAUCAACUCAAAUCAUCAGCCGGUUUAGGUCGAAUGUUAACGCAACAGUUCACAUGUAACUACGGUGUACCAUAUAAACACAUUGUUGCUAUGGGAACUCUACCCCUCCACCCCACCUCAUCGCCUCCUCCCAUCAUCUCCACCCUACGCCUCCUUCAGCAUCGCACUUGCCUGUCCCUCUCUUGCUCCUCUCCCUCCUCCUCUUCCCUUUCCUCCCCUACUUCCAGCUUUCGAGGCUUUAACGAGAUAUACCCUGUCCUAUACCUCCAGCAUCAAAAAAUGUCAUUCCACGAUGACGGCGAGCCCGGCCUAGGACCCAUCGUUUCAUCCCUCUCUCUCGGCAGCACCUGUCGGAUGAAAUUCCGCCUUAAAUCAAAACACCAACCACACCAUACCGAUCUCACAGCAAAAGUCAGGACACUGUUGGACCUGCCACUCAGACAUGGCAGUGUAGUAGUGCAGCAAGGAUCAGAUCUGCAGAAGUAUUUCGAACACAGUGUCAGUCCAGAUGGGUUUCGCAUUGCUGUCACGGGACGAUGGAUUGAUGAACUUGUCAAUGAUAAAACGCCAAAUAGUCGACCUUGUCGUGUAAUUGCGGGAAAGAGGGAAAUGUCGAGAGAGAAGUAG